AUCUGAGGUAACGUUUUUAAUACCAUAUUAUAACUAUAUAACUUGUGACCAUGUUUAUUAAAAAUGUCAAAAAAUACUUAUGAACUCAGUUCGUUUUGUACUUUUAGUGUUUCAAUAUGGAGCUAAAAUCGCCGAAAGCGAAGAAAAAGACAACAUCAAAACUCGUAUCGUGGAAAAAACUGUUCAGCACACCCAUUCUAAUCCUAUUACUCCUCGGAUCGACCAGUUGUGACAUUGACAGUGACACUGACGUUGACACUGACGUCAGGCAUACAGAUAAGCGUAUUGAUAGACAAGUCUUAAGUGACAUACGCUAUUUGAGACGUAAUUUAAAUAAGGAUGUACUGAACUUUGUGAUGAAAGACGUCUUGAUUGAUGGUGAAGUGGAAAAUAGAAUACAUUUUAAUGGCAUCACGGCAAAGGAGACUUUCGUUGGCGCAAAUGGAAACGGGCUAAAACUCCGUCAGAUGACAGAUGGCGGCCAUCUUAUACAAAUUAUUUACACUCCAAAUGGCGCGAUUCAAGAUUGUGAAUACAUCACAGAUGCAAAGACAACAAGAAACUUUUUAAAAACACUACGUAGAGAAUUGAAACUGGCAUUGGACGAGGAGGCAUUCAGAAUAACUGAAAAAAGAAAAAAUGUAACGGAAGACGAACGGUUUUACCGCCAUUUUGGCAACAUGACGUUUCGACUUUUGACAGAGGGCGAAAUGCCGCCGCCUGACAUCGCGUCUUGGUUGGAUUAUGACAGAUUAAAAAUGGAAUGUUUUGAGCGGCACGAGGAGUUAAAAUACAUGAUGGAAAAUAAAAACAAAUACUCGGAACCGUCCCUAGCGAGGUCACGGCGCUCAUUUCGGGAGAAUUUUAUAAUGCCCGGGACGAAAUGGUGCGGGGCUGGUCAAUUAGCUAAGACCUACAACGAAUUGGGCCAAGAUAGGAACGAGGACCGAUGCUGUAGGGCCCACGAUAACUGUCGAGUCAACAUAGGAGCGUUUAAAAGAAGAUUUGGAUUGUUCAACUAUAGGCCGUAUACCAUUUCACACUGCAAAUGUGAUAGGAGAAAAAAGCGCGACGCAAUGGACAUACUGCGGGUGCCCGGCACAAAGUGGUGCGGGAAAGGUUUUUCGGCAACGCAUUAUUCGCAAUUGGGAGGGUACACGCGCACAGACAGAUGUUGUAGGAUCCAUGAUUUGAGGUGUCCAUUCUGGAUUGGGGGGAUGGAGAAAAAAUAUGGCCUUUACAAUUGGAGAGUCAACACGUUGAUGCAUUGCCGGUGCGAUGAAAGGUUCCGUGCGUGUUUAAAGCUGGCCGAUACAUCAGUGUCGAAUAUGGUUGGAAAACUGUUCUUCAACGUUGUACAGACCAAAUGCUUCGUUCUCAAACCUAUAAAAGCCUGCAAGCAGCGGUCGUGGUGGGGAAAAUGCCUCCGAAAAGGUUACAUGCGACAGGCCUUCUUGCGUGACAAUCUGCCGUAUUAAUUGUCAUUUGUUAUACUGACAGAUGACAACAUGAAGCGCGAACGUUUUCGCUCGACUUCCUUCGUAUGAAAAGAUUCUGUUUUUAUUUUCACACUUCUAAACGGAAUACGUUUAAGAAUUGAAAUGAAAUUGAUAUUCUUAUAUAAAUGGCGCGAAUAUCAUGUCAUGUUUAAAAAAAAUGAUGCCUGUAAAAUUGUGUAAUUCAAUGUAGUCUGUACUCAUCUCCAGCCAGUGUCAAAUAGUAAUUGUAGGAUAAAAAUAAUAGAUAGUUUAACCGUGAUUUGUAUGAACUGUCAAUCUGCGUCAAAUAAUUAAUUGUAUGUAUUCAUUAUGUCCAUUUGUAUAUUCUCUAUUCAUACUUUACUGUAACAAAAAUAAUCAACAAUUACAAACAAUAGUUUCCCGCUAAAACAUACUUUGACGUUUGUUAAAAUGGUCCAUAGAUUACAUAUAUAACGAAAUGACAUAGCGUCAUGAUGACAAUAAAUCUAAACAAAUGCGGAUCCAGGGUGAAAUCUUUCUUCACCCUGGAUCAGUCGUCAGUCAAAAUUUCUAUUAGGAUAGAACAUUCCAAAAUGGUUGCAAUAUCAGCCAUUGUGAGUAGAUGCCACAGCCAUGUCCAACACUAAAGAUUAUAUACGGUCUUACAUAUAAAAACUUUAACUUAUUUCGGCGUGUGUCAGGCUUAGGCUCUAUUUUUUUUAUUACGAAAUAUAUACAAAAAGAGGCCAAAACUAGCAAAUCCAUUAAUUGUUAUAAAUAAAUUACACAAAAUACAUAAUAUGUUAUAAAGGCAUAAUGAUAUUUAGACAAUUCUUUUUCCCGCGCUCUCUGAUCAAAGACAGUUGUCAGUUUGACGUUUUGACAUAAAAAAAUAUAGAUGUAAUUUAAUUUAGAGAGAUAUCAACUGUCAGUCUUUAUCGGUAAUUUAAAAUAUUUUGUACAUAUAAUAUAGUUAAAAUAUCGAUUCUUCCAAUAUCUUUUAUAGUAAAGAUACAUUUCAUUGAUGUUCCUAACUUAGACGUAAUUGCUAGCUUGUAAUACUAAAACCGUUCAGAUUACGUUUUAGCGCCAAUAAGUAGACUGUUGUAGAAAAAAGCAGGUCAAAUUUAUGAUCACAUACCGUGGUAAUUCGACUUCAAAAAUCUUGUGGUUAUUGUACUCAAAACCAAUAAAAUUCAGAUCCACGUAUAGGGCAAAGACAAAACUAGAAAGAAAGACUGUGUGUGUGUGGGUGUGCUUUGAUUAAAACUAAUGAGGUGCUAGUUCUUAUGUAGAUCUAUUACAUAUUGGACAAAAAGUUAAAGAGCGUACCAAUUUUUAAAAGGUCGCUAACGCACUCACGAAGUCUCUUGUAUUGAGAGUCCAUGGGCGGCUUUAUCACUUUAGAUGGCCUCCUGUUCUAUAAAAAAAAAGUUUCGCCAUUAAAAAAUAGAAAUAUUGCUAUUUGAUAAUACUGAAUGUUAUUGAGAAUAAUAUGUAAAUAACGUAAAGUAAUUAAAUAUUAAUUGAUACGUCAGUCGUUUAUCAAAAAAGAAUCGCCAGUGAUGUAAAUUGUCAAAUCUUUUAAAAUCUUGUCAAGUAACCUAAUUCUGAGUGAAAAUCUAUUUUUUUACAGAAAAUAUAUAUACAUUAGAAUUAGCACCAGCAUAGUUAGUAUAAUUUAAAAAAAACAACUGUAAAUAUAAAUUGUAUUAUUUAUUACUAUAAAAUAUAGAUUAUAAAUCUGUAUCGGAUACAACUGUCAGAAUGACGGUUGAUUAAAUGUUUAGUUUUUAAUAAAUUUAAGAUUUAGAACAAAAUCAAAUGUCGUAAUUAUGUUUAUAUAUCAAAAUAUAUAUCCCUGUUUGAUAUAAAUACAUAUUCAUUUUGUUUAAAAUUUUUGUGGCAAUAUUGUAAACCUCAACGUUUCAAAACGUUGCGUCACAGAUCUGACAUAACAAGAAAUGGCGGGUAUUAAUGUUCGUCAAUUUUGAGAGUUCGUCAAUAAUGAGAAGCAGCAACACUGAUGAUCUUACCGUCAAGACAUAGAUACGACUCCUGUCUAAAUUCAAUACGUUUUUUGACGGGAAUGACGCUCAAAGUAGAUUCAGGAAAAGUCCAGUCCAUUUUUGGCAUACAGAUGUCAGAGUAAGCGAUGGCCGCUUUCUGGUCACACUAUUACAGUCGAGACACGCUAUGUAUGAAUUUCGUAAAGCCCAUUGAGAUUUACAUAUGGGAGUCGUUUCUAGCGCUAAUCUAGAAUUCUGCUUUAAUUUUUGACUAAUGUCAGUCAUAGUUCUCGCUCAGAAUUCCAGUACAGCAUACAACGACACGUGUAGUUUAUAUGACAGCUUUGUUAUUAAAUUGUUAAUAAUGUAAAACUAGAUAUAAGUUUAAUUCAGUAGUAUAGUGGAGUUGAAUGCAUUCAUUUUAAUGUGUUUGUUUUUGUCCACAAAACCUUUAUCAUCCAUAUAAUAAAUAUAAUUUUAAAAAAUAGUCACAGAUAUAUAUUUGUUCCUCCGACAAAUGUCAACACCGAUUAUUGAACACUUUCGAGAAAAAACAUUUAAAUCAGCCAGUAAUAUUUUAAGUAAAUACUUCUUUUAUUUACCUCUGUUUUUUUAUAUAAUCUGUGAUGAAAAGAUCUUUUGUCAAAACGGUGCAAUUAUACUGAUUUAUUAUUUUUUAAUAUAUAUAUUAAUGUUCCGAAAUAAUUAUUAAGACACGGCAUUAAAAUGAUUGCAUAACAAUUGUUGUUUAAGCUCUCGGAUUGUAAUAUAUACACUAGGUAUGAAAAGACAUUCUUCCGCUAACAAAUAUAAGAACUACCGGAACGUUAUCAAUUUUGCUUUACUUGACCUUGAACUCUAGUAAUUCGGUCAAAGGUCAAGGACAGCGACGCGUGCGAUUAUCAUUCGUCGUUUUUAUUCCUUGUUUACUUUACCUUUAAACAAAUUAAAUUACACGUUAAUGACUAUUUGACAGUGUAUACUAUACGAAGUGUUACUUAAGAGUAAUCUGUAUAAAGAUGACUUUGAAAGCAUAAAUAAAAUGUAAAAAUCGUUAAUUUAUAGACGAUGGCGUAAAUUGUAAAUUCAUUUAAUUGGAGACUGUAUAUUGGAUCGUAAUAUAAUAUGUGUAAUUUAAGAAUGAUGACACGUAAAAAUCUUGACGUUGUUUACAUGCAUGGUAUGUCAUAGCUCAGACUGGUGCGACGCCAUUUUGCCUAGAGAAACGUUUUGGCGGGUUUUGUAGUUGAAUUUUAAAUGCUAACAGAACAGAAUUUAUUUUUACUAAACAUUGCAUUGUGUGCAAAUGAUCGAUUAAAAAAUUUAAGUAUUCCUUUGUUUAUUACACAGUUAAGCGAUAACUUAAUUUGUUAGUGGGAACACGGGCAUUCUACGACUCGUUCUUUCAGGAAAACAUUGUAAUCAAAAUUUACUGUUAGCGGAGUUUUUAUAACCGGUAAUAAAAUGAGCUUUCAAUAAUUAAUAAAUAUUAAUAUAUUUAAUUAGUUCUAGCGUCUCUAAAGUUCCUGUCGUGACAAUAUUAGAGUGAUUGUGUAGAUGUGCUGUACUUAAGGGUAAUAAAGGAUAACUGGUCA